GAGGCUACAAAGGUUGUCGCCUUCAGCUAAUGUUCUCAUGUUGUGCUGAGCUCAUGUUAAUUGACUUGGUGGGUUUCUUUACAAUACAUCAUAAGAUCAAAGUCCAUGUGUGUCUAUUGUGCCAUAUACAAACACUCAGCGGCCUUGAUCUGUGGUUUUACUGCUGUGAAAAACUGUGUUCAAACAAAUGACACACAUCGGCAGCCAAUAAAAGCUUGUUUACUAAAAUCUAAAACGUGACCUCCCGGGGAUACGGUUACGUCCUGUUUUUAUUCUGAGCAUUUUAACGCUUUGCUGUGCAAGACAAUGUUCCAAAUGUUACUCCAACGCUGCUGGUGGAUAAGACAACGUGCUGAAACCAGCAGGUGAGGCUGUGGGAGGAUCGUGGACCAUCAGCUCUGAGGUCUGCGCUGUCCUGAAGUCUGGACGGAGCUAAAUUGAGAGUGAAAGCUGCUGCCACAGCUGCAGCAGGAACAGUGCACGGCUGUAAAAGACAGGACAUUUUACAGCGCCUGGGUGAUUUACAUAAAGGCUUCCUUGUCGUCUGGCUCAGUGAGUGUCACCGUGAGUCUCUGCGACGCUGUGUUCCGAGGAUGUUGAGUCGCGCCGACAGGUCAAAUAAGUCUGAUUAGGGCUCAAUUCUGUGCUGAUAAACCUUUAGGGGAAAAGUGACUUUCCCUUGCUUGAGGUAAUGGUGUGAAGGAAAGAAGCGCCCUGUGGGGAGGUGUGGCAGCGCAGCUCUCAUUACAGACCAACACAGGGAGGAGCUACGUUACCUGUGCACAGCAGCCAGGGCACGGCCAACACUGCACCUGUUGCACUUCCCAGGCUCCCUCUCUCUCCCUCUCUCUCUCUUCCUGUCCCGCUUCUCUUCCCCUUCUUUUCCCCUUGACGGAGGGCUGACGGCCGAACCAUGGAUCCCAAGGAGGCCGGCGGGGCGGAGAAGGAGAAGGAGAAAGACAGGACGAUCAAGAGGAGGAACCGGCCCGUGUUCCUGCGCUACCUGGAGAGGAGGAGGACGGACACCAUCGUGACCGAUGACAUGGCCAAAGGUGACAUCAACCUGGGGACGCUGGUGAGGAGGAGUCAGUCGGACAAGACGGAGUACAGCGCUAAACUCAAAGAGAAGAUGUCGCCCCAUGAGCGGUCCACGCCGCCGUCGCCGGCGCUGGACCCGGAGGAGAUCCGGCUGAGGAAGAUGACGCGCAGGUCAAAGGUCAUCCAGGAGCUGGUGCAGACGGAGCAGGACUACCUCACCGACCUGGAGCUCUGCAUCCGAGAGGUGGUGCAGCCCCUGCGGGCCGCGCAGGUGGUGGACGUGGACCGACUCUUCACCAACAUGGAGACGGUGUGCGAGGUCUCGGCGGCGCUGCUCCACAGACUGCACCAGGCGCGGGCCGACCCGGACCCGGAGGCCGUCGUCGUCGGAGACGUGUUCAUCCAGGCCAAGGCGGCGCUGGAGGACGUCUACAAGAUCUACUGCUAUCACCACGACGACGCCAACGCGGCGCUCAAGUCCUACGAGAAGGAGGAGGAGGUCAGGGCCCACUUCACCGCAUGCGUGUUGGCGCUGAAGAAAAUUUACGACCAAGAAGGGAAGCCCAACCUGCUGGACAUGGGCUCGCUGAUCAUCAAGCCCGUCCAGAGGGUCAUGAAGUACCCGCUGCUGCUGGGGGAGCUGUGGCAGGCCACGCCCGACGACCACCCCGACUGCCGGCCGCUGCAGGAGGCCUUCACCGCCGCCAAGAUCAUCAACGUCAACAUCAACGAGUUCAAGAGGCGCAAAGACAUAGUGAUGAAGUACAAGAGGCUGGAUGACGAGGGCACGCUGAGGGGAAAGCUGCACAAGUUCAACAUCCACUCCAUCCGCAAGAAGGGCGACAGGUUCGCAGGUUACCUGAAGAUCCUGACGGGCGUGGAGCCGCAGGUGCGAGACGAGGUCUUUGACCGCGAGGAGAAGCUGUUCCGGGGUCUGGAGAAGGCCGUGAGGCAGAUGGUCAGGAACCUGCAGUGUUACCUGCAGCACGUUCAGGAGCUGGUGCCCGUGGCCGUUCAGAGCGUCCGGGACAUGGAGCACGUGGUCAAGGACGCGGGCAAAGGCGACGCCAAGAGCUUAGUGACGCAGAAUGGAAACGACCCCUAUCAGCACUUUAGGGACUGCAUGGAGCGCCUGGUGCUGGCGCCGCUCCUGUCCCUGCAGGGCAUGUUCACCGCCCCACAGAAGCUCAUCCAGAAGCGCUACGACAAGCUGCUGGACUACUGCAGCCGCCUGGAGCGCUCGUCCCCCGCCCCGUCCCCGUGCCCCUCGCCGGUGCCGGAGGAGCCGCCCGGCCCGGCCCGGAGGGACUACGAGGCGCUCAACGCCAUGCUGGUGGAGGAGCUGCAGCGCUUCAACGCGGCCGCCCACGCCAUCCUGGCCAACUGCGUGGCGUCCGUGGCCGACCUGCUCCGGGGCCUGGUGGAGAAGGUGCUGCUCCGCUUUCCCUCCAUGCACCAGCUGCCGGCGCCGCUGUCCAACAUGGCUGAGGUGCAGAACAGCCUCAUGGACGAGCUGAACAAUCUGACGUUCGUCAAGGAUAACGCCCAGAAGCUGAUGGAGCGAAAAGUCAGCUUCGAGAGACAGCGGGACAAGAAAGCCGCUGUGCCGGAGGUGCAGCAUCAAAGCGAGGAGCAGCGCGCGCGGCUGCUGGCGGCGCAUCCGGUGGAGCGUCUGUUCCAGCUGAAGCGCAGGUGCAACGGCUGCCAGGAGCAGGACCUCAGCCUGCUGGAGGGCGCGCUGGUGGCGCUGCUGCAGGACACCGACCCGCUGGGCAGCAGCAGCCGCUGGCUGGUCCACGACGGAGAUACGCAGGGCUACGUCUACUCCACCUUCCUGAAGCAGUACAACCCCCUGAGAGACUCGCAGAGGGCAGGACAGGUGGCCAGAGAGCAGCCGCAGCAGCAGACGCCCGCCCUGCUGGACGACGACUUCGACAACAUCAGCCUCUUCGUGUCGGGCAGCGGCAGCAGCAGCCUGCGCAGCUUCAGCCUCAACAACACCGACAGCAGCUCCAUCCUCUCGGGUCUGCACGAGCCGGAGGGCCCCGAAGACCCGGAGGACACGCUGGACGGUGACACGCAGCAGUUUUACGCCGUGUACGCAUUUCAAGCUCGCUGUGACCAGGAGCUGACGCUGCAGGAAUCCCAGCACGUACGGAUCCUCCAGUUUUGUGACCUGGGGGGCAACAAAGAGUGGUGGUUAGCAGAGGCCAACGGACAGCGGGGCUACGUCCCGGCCAACUACCUGGGCAGAAUGUCCUACGCGUGAACAUCAGCGGUGUGGACGCAGACAGCAGAGCCUCAAGCAGCCUGUGACGUUGGAAAAGUCUGAAGGAUGUUCCAUUUCUUUCAUUAAUGUCUAUAGGUAGAUAUCAGAUGUAUCAGAAACAAGUGUUGAUGCUGAAUCUACUCGAUCUUCAAAACAUGAGCUCACCAAUAACAUUGGACCAAGGACCUGUGACGAACAUGGAUGUGCACAGUGGACGGUGCUAAGCACUUUUCAUACUUCAGUGUUGUUUAUUUUUGGUAAUGAAGUGAUUUAUUAAUGAAGUAAAACCGAUAUGUGAAGUGAUUUGUAGAUGAAGUAAAUUUAUAGAUGAAGUAAAUAUUAUAUAUAUGAAAUGAUUUAUAUGUAGAGUAUAUAUUUUAUGUGAAGUUAAAGAAAUCUGUCAUUUAUAUUUGCAAAAUUAUGUCAUAAUUAAAAAUGUCCUGUAUAAUAAC